UUCGCAGAAUCGGGUUGAUUGCGAGAAAGAAGAAGCAAAGAGUUACCGGUUUCUGGUUUAAAUAUACUGUCAUCUUCUAGGUGUCAUCACAUUGUUCCUUCAGCUACCACAACAGCAACAUUCCAGCAUAAUGGGUCAAAAACAGUCUGCCUCAACUGACGACUGUGAGAUUGCCAUGAUGAAUCGUACUGAUUUGUCUUCCCAUUUCACUCACCUAAUGAGUAAAUCUUAUCAGGCUGACGAAUGCUUCAAUUGCGGAGCCAGGCUGGAAGACAACAACUUGUUUAAUUCUUCUGGAACCAAAUCAUUGGGUGAAAAUUCUGUUCGAUGCCAGCAAUGUCGUGUUUGUAACUCGACGAAUGUCAUCGUGGAGAAAUUCCGAGAAGUUGUCACGUCCUUACCACGUUCAGUACGAAUUCACCAUCCUUCGUCGAGUGCUGAAUGUCACCUUUUCAUGAUGCCUGUUAGCCAAAACAAAACUCAUUAUCAUAAUCAUCAUGUGAAGACCCAACCAUCUCUUGAAACCAUUUGCGGAUCACCAAAUAACACAACGAACACCAUUAAUCAGGCAGCUUCAAGCUGUGUCUAAACUGUAAAGAGAACGUCAAAUGUUAGAAUGUACAGCUUGA